UGAUCUGUUUGACUUCAUAUUUAGCAGACUAGACAAGGACUCUGAGCUUUGUACUGGCAUUGGUCAGCUAUUGUUUGAAAUGGUCAAAAGUGUCAUGAAGCAAUUUCAUUCUUGUACUGGAAAGGUAUUACCAAUAUUAUUGCAUAAGCUUGGACCUGAUCAAGAUGGAGACAACAUCCCUACAUUGCCAUGGGGUCUAGUUCAAAAAGCAUUGUCGCACAUGUUAUGUUGCAUGCUUGAACACACAAACAAGGAAAAUGUGCAAGUUGUGUGGGAUUGUUUUUAUGAUGCCAUUAUCAAACUCCAUGAUCAUUUCACAAUAGCUAAAGCUAAUAAGGAGGACAUUUUGGAACAGUUAAAUCGCUUGCUUCAGCUAUUUCAGCAGCUUCUCCAAAAAGGUGAUGGAGGUUUAGUUGUGUCACCUACCAAGCUGGUAGAGAUGAUAGAAAAGUUGUUGUCUGGUCCAGUCGUAUCUUGUAACUGUUGUGACACCCUUGUCGAAAUCAUCUCUACCCUCUUGUGUGCUCCCAGAUGUGAUCUAAAUCUAAACCAAACAUCUAGUCUAGUUACUAAGAUACUGAAAGGAAAAUAUGGAAAGAAGAAAAUUUUCACCUUUGUCAGUAAUCUUCAUGAACAGAGUUGGUUUGAAAAGGUUGUCUUACCUGGUUUUCUGGACUUCUGCUACAUAUGCAUCACUAGCAAUAAUAAACAGACUAGAAAAGAUGCCCUACAAGCAUUGGCCAGCCUGGCAAACACUAAGCGACCUAUGAUCAUUGAUGCAUCACAUUUGGCGUCUUAUCAGCCGUAUCAUUUUGAUUUCAGCUUAGCUCUAGAAAAAAGAAACAAGGAUAAACCCACUAUUAUACAAGAAUAUGUUCUGUCUCUACUGAAUGUAAAUUCUAUUGACAUAUGUUCAGAGUCUAACCAAGCCGGCCUAUGGGGAGCACUGUGUUGCAUUCCACACAUAAGGCCUAUGGACAAAACCAAGUGUAAAGAAGCUCUGAGAAAUACAAUUACUAAAUUGGCUCAAUUACUUCCCAGUUUAGAAGACCCAUUGAAAG